UUAACAACAACAAACUUGUCUACAAAAAUUUUAAACACUUAAAGAAGAUGGAUAAUUAUUAUACUGCUGCUACAACAACAAGAAGUACACUUUGGGACCCUAUUGAACAGUACAUGGUUGAUGAUGAAGGCAACGAUGAUUUGGUCUCAAACGAGAAUUUGUUCCUUGGUGUGGAGGGUGGUAAAGAAGAAGAUGAGGUUCGGACAUGGAAGAGGUACAAAGGAGUGAGGCGUAGGGCACAUGGAAAGUUUGCUGCAGAGAUAAAGGAGCCAAGCAAAGAUGGUAGGAUUUGGCUUGGAAGUUAUGACACUGAAGAGGAAGCUGCUUUGGCUUAUGACAAUGCAGCUUUCAAGAUUAGAGGCUCCAAAGCCAGACUCAAUUUUCCUCAUCUCAUUCAACCAACUACCCAGAUCAUCAUUCAUCCUCCUCCUCCUUCAUCAUCAUCUCCUUCUCAAGGAUCAAGGAAAAGGAAGGGACUAGCUGCUUUGCUUAAUAAAUUGGCUCAUGAAAGAAAUAGAGUUUGAAGCUGUAUUUUUUCUCCAUAUAAAAAAAUAAAUUUCAUUUUGUUAUAGUUUAGAUAUAACCUUUGAUAAUAUGUUUUUUAAAAAAAAGUUAGUUCAUAACAAGUAGAUUUUGAUUUUGGUUGUUGUAAUUCUGUUUUUCAUUUCUCAAAAAAUACUAAAUUAUAGUUUUUGAUUUUAAUUGUUAUUAUUAGGAAUGUGAACAAAGCACUGGUAUGAGUAGUAACUCGUCUAGCUAACAUAAAUAUAA